CGGCGGGUGGGUAGCAGCGGCUGCUUCUUCUUCCUCAUUCCAAUCUCCCCCCAAUUUCGGUUGGAUUCGUGGAGGCGGAUUGGGGAUUUGGAUUUGGAUUGGAGAGAGGGGGGAGAUGGACCAGGUGCUGAACAAGGUGGGGAGCUACUGGUUCAGCAAGAGGGCGAGCAAGGAGAUCGACUCCAUCGGCGACGACAUCAGCUCAAUCUCUACAAGCAUUGGAACAGGAGCUAAAUGGAUGGUGAACAAGAUCAAAGGGAAGAUGCAGAAAGCAUUGCCAGACCUUCUCAAGGAAUAUGACAUGCCGGCGGGCCUCUUCCCAAGGGAUGCUACUAACUAUGAGUUCAAUGAGGAGACAAAGAAGCUAACCGUGUACAUUCCUUCAGCUUGUGAUGUCGGGUACAAGGAUUCGUCUGUUCUGCGAUUCUUUACCUGUGUGACUGGCUACCUGGAGAAGGGAAAGCUCUCUGAUAUCGAAGGCUUGAAGACGAAAGUGCUUGUUUGGACCAAGGUGACUGCCAUCAAGACUGAGGGAUCGAAGGUUCAUUUCACUGCUGGUGUGAAGAAGACCCGCAGCCGUGACGCAUAUGAGGUAGUCAGAGAUGGUAUCCCCAUAGACAAGUUCUGAGCUUGUACCUGCCAUGAAAAUGUGAUGUAAUUAAUUAGUUGACGCCUUCUACAACAAAUAUCAAUUGUCAUAUCUCGUGUUAUGACCUAUUUAACUGAACUGUAUUGCCAUAAUAUUGAUUGUCCGGCCCAAGAGUGUUUCUCAGCACCUUAAAAAUUUGGUGCUUAUUUGGUUGUGAUUGUGAAUCUUGUAGACGGUUUUAUGUUUACUUAGUUUAAGGCCAUGUUUGGCACCACUUCAAGUCUCAGAUUCAUGCUGGAUUUGAAGUUUAUAUGUAAAAUUAUAGUGGUUUAAAGCUUUUUUUAAUCUAAAAUGGGAACAAAAUGAUUCAUCUAAA